GCCUCGGCAAGGCACUGGUGCCGCUCGGAGACUCUGCCAGCUAGUGAUUUCUGUGGAUUCCAGCAACAGAGAGGACAGGAUUGAGGAGAUGCGGGGCUGAUGGCCUGCUGGGAACAGGACUCCUGAAACGACAAAUAUGUCUGGAAGGCUGUGGUCCAAAGCCAUUUUUGCUGGCUAUAAGCGGGGUCUCCGGAACCAGAGGGAGCACACAGCUCUUCUUAAAAUUGAAGGUGUUUAUGCUCGAGAUGAAACUGAAUUCUAUCUAGGCAAGAGAUGUGCUUAUGUGUACAAAGCAAAGAACAACACAGUGACUCCUGGUGGCAAACCGAAUAAAACUAGAGUAAUCUGGGGAAAAGUAACUCGUGCUCAUGGAAACAGUGGCAUGGUUCGUGCCAAAUUCCGAAGCAACCUUCCUGCUAAAGCCAUUGGCCACAGAAUCCGUGUGAUGCUGUACCCCUCAAGGAUUUAAACUAACUGAAAAGUAAAUAAAUAAAGGUGUAGAUUUGUUCUCUUGUA